AGCAAGUGACUUUGCAAAUGCACAGCUCCGCAUCAUCUCUCUGCCAUGUGAGAGGAAUCAUUUGCCCCGAGUUGUCAUGGCGCUCAUCUUGCAAGUCCCUCUACUCGACACAUCAAGCACGGCUUCACCGUCGCAUCCACCUGAUUGACCGGCCCCGACACGCAACACAACAAACAGCAUCAUGGCAUCGUACGCCAACGCAAAGCUCCUCGCCGGCAAGGUGUGCGCAAUCACUGGCGGCGUGUCUGGUAUUGGAAGAGCUAUCGCCAAAGAAUACCUGCGACAAGGCGGCGCCGUCGCUGUCAACCAUCUGGGCGACGACAAGUCGGUGAAGCUGUUCGAGAGCCUGAAAGCCGAAGUGCCAACAGACUCGAAGCUCAUUGGAGUCGGCGGCGACAUUGGCAAGAUCGAGACUGGCAAGGACUUUGUCAAGGCCGCCGUGUCCGAGUUUGGAGCUCUGGACGUCUUUGUCGCCAACGCCGGUGUGAGCGUCUUUCACGACUUCUUGACGACCGACGAGAAGAUGUUCGAAUCGCACCUCCACGUCAACACUCGCGGCACCUUCUGGUCUGUACAAGCCGCCGCCCGGCAGAUGGUGCAACAAGGAAGAGGUGGAUCAAUCAUUGGCGUUGCUUCCAUCAGCGCCCUUCUCGGCGGCAAGCAACAGGUACACUACACACCGACAAAGGCGAGCGUUCUCAGCAUGAUGCAGUCGGCCGCUUGCGCCCUUGCCGAACACAAGAUCCGAUGCAAUGCGCUACUGCCUGGCCACACCCGGACCCCCAUGAGCGCCGACGACUUGGCCAACCCGGAGAAGCUACGAGCUGUCAAUGAGAGAAUCCCGCUUGGCCAUGUCGCUGAACCUGACGAUAUGGCUGGACCUGCCGUCUUCCUCGCAAGUGACAUGAGCAGCUACGUCACUGGUGCGCAACUGCUUGUAGAUGGAGGUCUGUAUGUAAAUCUCCAAUGAGUCCUGGUAGAAUCGUCUAUAGUACUGAUGCGACUGAUGCGGCUAAUGCGACUCCUUCCGGAGGACAUCUCAAGACUCUUGCGCAACCCCUUUUCAAGUUCGCACAUUUGUACGCAAGACCCAGUCACUAUUCCUCUUGGU